GUAGAAAGUGUGUGUGAGCUGAUGUGGAUGUGAAUUCAGCAGCAUGGAUCAGUGUGAGGACAGAGAGGAGGGAGUCCCUCCAUGUGAAACAACUCUGUGUGAGAGCCAGACCAAAGCUCAGAGGAACCAACCUGGACCUGAACCCAGCUGUGUGUCCUUAAAAAGCAGUGAUUCAAAGGAAGCUGUGAUUAAUUUCAGACAAAAAAGUUCCUUUGGUAAAAUGAUUCAUCAAAGACCAGACGCACCUGGACAUGAGUAUAAAGAUCAACCCAGCAAUGUCUCCUUUAAGAGCAAUAAUUCAAGGAAACUGCCUACUGAUUUUAAAGAUGGACAGGCUAAUUCUGUAAAUAUCCAUCAGACUCCAAAUUCUCCUGAACCUAAACCCAGCUGUGUGUCCUUAAAGAGUGAUCAAUCAAAGGAUAUGAGCAUUGAUUUUAAAGGACAACAUUUUGCUCCAGAUAGCUUGGACCAGGAGGGCUCAGAGGUACCCAGUGGGCAAUCUGCACAUCCGUGUCAAACACACUUGGAAUCAAUAUUUAUGCUCGUGGAGGACAACAUCAUCUCUUUUGUGAAGAAACAACUGAAGGAACUACAGGAGGUUUUACAUGCAGAUUUUCCAGAAUACUUAGAAAGUCAGAGCAAGGAUGAAGAGAUGCUGGAGGCUGAGGUUAAAGAGCAGUGGGAAAACAGCAGAGAGGCUUUGGUGAAGAUUACACUGCACUUUCUGAGGAAAAUUAAGCAAGAGGAACUUGCUGAUAGUCUGCAAAACAAAGUCUUUGCUCGACGUUAUCAAUAUGAACUUAAAUCUCACCUAAAGAAGAAAUUUGGGUUUGUGUUUGAGGGGAUCGCUAAAACAGGAAAUCCAACCCUUCUGAAUCAGAUCUACACAGAGCUCUACAUCACAGAGGGAGGGACUGGAAACGUGAAUGCCAAACAUGAGAUAAGACAGAUUGAAACAGCAUCGAGGAAACUACACAAAAAAGAAACAACAAUUAGACAAGAAGACAUCUUUAAACCCCCACCUGGAAGAGAUAAACCAAUCAGAACAGUGCUGACAAAGGGAGUGGCUGGCAUUGGGAAAACAGUCUUAACACAGAAGUUCACGCUAGACUGGGCUGAAAAAAAGGCUAACCAGAAUUUUCAGUUCAUAUUUCCAUUUGCAUUCAGAGAACUGAAUGUCCUUAAAGAGAAAAAGUUGAGUUUGGUGGAACUUGUUAAUCUCUUCUUUAGUGAAAUCAGAGAAGUAAGAAUCUGCAGCUUUGAGGACUUCCAGGUUGUGUUUAUCUUUGAUGGUCUGGAUGAGUGCCGACUGCCUCUGGAUUUCCACAACACUGAGCUCAUAACUGACCCUGGAAAGCCCACCUCAGUUGAUGCGCUGCUGAUAAACCUCAUCAAGGGAAACCUGCUUCCCUCUGCUCAGCUCUGGAUAACCACACGACCUGCAGCAGCCAAUCAGAUCCCUGCUGAGUGUGUCGACAUGGUGACAGAGGUCAGGGGGUUCACUGACCCACAGAAGGAGGAGUACUUCAGGAAGAGAUCUAGAGAUGAGAAGCAGGCCAGCAGGAUCAUUUCCCACAUCAAGACAUCACGAAGCCUCCACAUCAUGUGUCACAUCCCAGUCUUCUGCUGGAUCACUGCUACAGUUGUGGAGGAUGUGCUGAAAACCAGAGAGGGAGGACAGCUGCCAAAGACCUUGACUGAUAUGUACAUCCACUUCCUGGUUGUUCAGACUAAAAUGAAGAAGGUCAAGUAUGAUGGAGGAGCUGAGACAGAUCCACACUGGAGUCCAGAGAGCAGGAAGAUGGUUGAGUCUCUGGGAAAACUGGCUUUUGAUCAGCUGCAGAAAGACAACCUGAUCUUCUAUGAAUCAGACCUGACAGAGUGUGGCAUCGAUAUCAGAGCAGCCUCAGUGUGCUCAGGAGUGUUCACACAGAUCUUUAAAGAGGAGAGAGGGCUGUACCAGGAGAAGGUGUUCUGCUUUGUCCAUCUGAGUGUUCAGGAGUUUCUGGCUGCUCUUCAUGUUCAUCUGACCUUCAUCAACUCUGGACUCAAUCUGCUGGAAGAAAAACAAAACACCUCCAGGAACUUUGAAACAACACAACAUACAGGGUCUCAAUUCUAUCAGACUGCUGUCAAAAAGGCCUUACAGAGUCCAAAUGGAUUACUGGACUUGUUUCUUCGCUUCCUCCUGGGUCUUUCACUGCAGUCCAAUCAGACCCUCCUACAAGGUCUUCUGACACAGACAGAAAAUGGCUCACAGAUCAAUCAGGAAACUGUCCAGUACAUCAAGAGGAAACUCAAUGAGAAUCUGUCUGUAGAGAAAAGCAUCAACCUGUUCCACUGUCUAAAUGAGCUGAAUGAUCGUGCCAUAGUGGAGAAGAUCCAACAGUCUUUGAGUUCAGAACAUUUCUCCACAGAUGAGCUGUCUCCUGCUCAGUGGUCAGCUCUGGUUUUCAUCUUACUGUCAUCAGAAGAAGACCUUGAGGUUUUUGACUUGAAGAAAUAUUCUGCUUCAGAGGAUGCUCUUCUGAGGCUUCUGCCAGUAGUCAAAGCUUCUCAAAAAGCUCUGCUAAAUAGCUGUAACCUGUCAGAGAGAAGCUGUGAAGCUCUGUCCUCUGUGCUUAAAAUGGAGGACUGUGAGUUGACAGCUAUAGAUCUGAGUAACAACAACCUGCGGGACUCAGGAGUGAAGUUGAUAUCUGCUGGACUGAAACAUCCACACAUUACACUGAAAACUAUCAGACUGAGUGGCUGUGACCUAUCACAGAGAAGCUGUGAAAUUAUAUCCUCCAUUCUCAGUUCCCAGUUCUGUAGUCUAAUUGAGCUGGACUUGAGUAACAAUGACCUGGCAAAAUCAGGACUGAAAGUGUUGUCUUCUGGGUUAGAAAGUCUUCACUGUAAACUAGAAACACUCAGGUUGUCAGGUUGUUUGAUCACAGACGAAGCUUGUGGUUCUCUCGUCUCAGCUCUGAGCUCCAACCCUUCUUAUCUGAGGGAGCUGGACCUGAGCUACAAUCAUCCAGGACACGAACAAGUAAAGCAGCUGUCCGCUAUACAGAAGGAUCCAUACUGGGGACUUAACACUCUAAGGGUGGACCCUGCUGGAGUCCGAUGGUUGAGACCAGGUCUGAGGAAGUAUUCCUGUCAACUCACAAUCGACACAAACACAGUACACAGAAAUCUCAAACUGUCUGAAAACAACAGGAAGGUGAUGUUUGUGGAGGAGGUUCAGCCGUAUCCUGAUCAUCCUGACAGAUUUGAUUGCAUCUGUCCUCAACUGCUGUAUAGAAAUGGUCUGACUGGUCGCUGUUACUGGGAGGUCGAGUGGAGAGGGGGAGUUUAUAUAUCAGUGAGUUACAGAACAAUCAGAAGGAAAGGGAGGACAGGCUGUGUGUUUGGAAAAAAUGAUCAGUCCUGGAGUCUGAGCUGCUCUGAUUAUUUUGGUUACUCUGUGUGGCACAAUAAGCAAAAAACAUCCAUCUCCUCCUCCUCUGUCUCUAAGAGAGUAGCAGUGUAUGUGGACUGUCCUGCUGGCACUCUGUCCUUCUACAGAGUCUCUAACACUCUGAUCCACCUGCACACCUUCAACACCACAUUCACUGAACCUCUUUAUCCUGGGUUUACGGUCUCAUUUGGUUCUUCAGUGUGUCUGUGUGUAGUUUAGUAUGAAUUUCUAUAGUCUUGUUGAACAUUUCAGUCGGUACAUG